AUGCGAGUCUUGUACGGUACCCCGCUGCCGCCUGGCCUUGUAGCCCCCACGAGGGGCGAGCUGCGCCUGCGCGUAGAUCAACUCAUCCUAGACAAUGAAACCAUCAAUCACAACCCCUUAGUGCAACUCUUCGAGGCCCCCGACUCCGCUAGUGCUGUUGUGGCAGCGGAAGUAGACCGACCAGAGGCCACCUCCGCGUCGUUCUCGCGCAGUCCGAACCGCUUUGUGGUACCCGUCGACUACUGCUGUGUAGGUCCCAUCUUUUGGGGUGAAACACGCCCCUCCGCGCAAGGACAGCCCGCCACGCCGCAGCUGCGGCGUGGCCCGCUCACGAUGGCGUACCCAAUCAAGAUGGUGGCAACGCAGUUCGAGGCCUAUCUCGAGCGCAUGACUGCGUCGCCGCAGCAGGGAGUACAGGUCGAUGUGUUCGUCCCGUCGAGCUACAGCGGCCGGCCUCCCGUGACGGUCGGAAGGUGCAGAAUUGCCCUUGAGACCCUUCAGCCAGGUCACCCUGUGAAGGGCUGGUUUCCCGUAAUGCACCGACGCUUUCGCUCCUCCGCCGAAGAAGUUGCUCCGUACACGUUUGCUGAAGUGCCGGUCGGCAAGGUGAAGCUCACAGUCACCGUGGAAUACUUCCUGAGCUCGCGACGACCAUCACCGGAGCCGACCGUGUCCACCAAGCACAAGCGCCGCGAGGGCAAAGAUGGCGGCCGCGUACCACUUCCACACGCCAAGACGCGCCGCUCUCACCACCAUCUGGGGCGUACCGGCAAGGACGCAGCGCACGCACCUACGAGGACAUCCUCAACGUCCACGGAGACUGCUGCACCCGACUCGUCUGUCUCCUCCUUACCUACUCCAGUCGCUAAUGAAAGGGUGCGUCUGCGCGGACUUCAUAGACGGCAAGUGGAUGACCAGAAAACGGCCCUGCUCCAGGACAAGUCAGCCGCCACGCAACACCUGCUUCAAAAAGGACUGCGGUUGCGGGCGCAGAUGGAGGCAGCGACUCGUGGGUUAAGUUUCGACGAUGUCGAUGCUACCGCGGAAGCGGUGCCCCUUGGAGAUCGACGCGUCGUUCACGGUCAUGUGAGUUUCAAAGAUGUAGGCGACGGCAUGUUUGCCGACGACAUGGAUGAGGAUGUUAACGAUGGAAGUGCCGCCGCCUACACGUCAGAGGACAGUGAUGAGGAGAAGUUUGCCUUGCAAAUGCAAAAGGACGCCGAAGCACGCGAUCGACGGAGCGUGCGACAGCUGAACUCAACAAUGUCGAGCAGCUCCCAUCUCGCACCAGCAGCAGCGGCGCACCACCUUGUCCGUAGCCCAGCUGCUGAACCGGCACCUGAGACCGCCGUGGAGGUGUUGCCCAACACAAAUGGUGACAGGGUCCACAGCACGCGAGCUGCCGUGGAGCUGUGGUUUUCCAACUUCUCCUUUGCGCACACAGCCCUCACGGUGGACUUACGCAAGAUUCGCAUUAACGUCCGUCUCAGUAGCGACAUCACGACGUUGGAGCCGUCCUCCGGGCCUCUCUCGUCGUUUGUUCACCCAGUACCGAUGCAGCAGCCAUCGAUUUGCCUGCACUUUGACGUGUGCAGCUUCUUUGAAGAUCGCAGUAAGCUCGUGGUCGAAGCGUACAAAGUGGUGGGUGAGCUGGAGCUGGAGAACGAGAAUGACCCAUGGAGCAUCGAGGGACCGCGGCACGUGGCGAGGGAAGAGCUGCUUGGGCUUUCCGUGAUUGGGCUUUACCGCCAAUCGCGCGCUGUUGUCUUUCGGGACCCUGUUGCCGACACAUCCAACGUCUUCGCCCACCUGGAAGUACGAGUACAGCACCACAGUAUCAGUCACAGCACCACCACCAGCACUGUUCUGGAUGCACUUCAUCAACAGCAGCCUCAGCGCCAAUUAUCUUGGAAUCCCACCCAAGGUGCAGCAAGCAGCUCCUCACAAACGCCGGCGAGUGACGCUGUUCAACUCAGCAGCAUCCCUGCGUCGGCCGUAGUGGUGCGGCCGACGCAGGACCAUGCCGUUGGCGCAGCGGUGCAGACGUCUCCUGCUAGACGUAGCCACGUGCCGGACGCGUUACUGAGAGAGGCGGCAAGCGCUAGCCCCGGCAUCUACCCUUCGCGCGUAUUGCAGGCUCCCGUGGGCGGCCACUCGCUAUCCAGUGAUGUAACGGGACGCAGGCGCUUGCGCAUCGUAGUGUACAGUGCUGUAGAGCUGCCACGUGUGGCAGUAGCACAGAGUCAUAAUCACAGCAGUGCAACUGGUUGCGGUGAGAGUCACUUUCCAAUUAUCUCCGCACGACCUCCGUCCAUACCGGAGGCAGGUGUGGAUGGCGCAACGAGCUAUGCUGAGCCAAACUCCUUUGUCACUGUUGAGGAGGUGUACCGCGUCGAAGAGGCGUGGGGGACGAAAUCAAAGACAGCGGCGUCUACCUCAUGCGACCCCAGUGCACCAUCGUCAUGCAGGCAGUCAAUCCACAACUGGUAUGUUGAUGAGGCGCACGGCGGCUUUUACGACCGCAGCGCUGUUGCGAAGGAGAGCAGUAACCCGGACUACAACUACGAAGUGAUUCUGCAGCUACCAGAAAUAACUGUUCCCAUGGAUAGCAGCAUCUCAGCGGCUGCAAUGACGCACGGUCUAGCCGAUAUGCUGGACGAGCUACAGCUGAGGGUGUGGCACUCGGACCUCUCUCGCCAGGCUUCCGUACUCAGUGACUCUGCUGCCGCGAGCGGUUGUGCGGGUGACAGGCCAGGCAGGUCGCGCAGGGCAAGCGUCCGCCAGCAGGAAGAGCACUUCUGGGAAUGUGCAGCGUACAUGGGCACGUGCCGUGUUGACCUCCGUCCGUUGCGCUACCUCAAUAGAUUGGAUGGCUACUACCGUGUCGUGUGCGAGCGGACGCCUGAAAGCGCGGUAGGGCCGUCGGCUACAGAGGUGGAGUCAAACACCAUUGGUUAUGUGCGAUUGAGUGUCUCACUGUACUGA